AUGAACUUCCAGCCUCCCAAGUCGAUUUAUACCAUGAAGCAGAUUGGACUUGAAGGACAUGGCAUUUCACCAAAUGCAGCCACCGAACCAUUCCCACUCUUCACUCAAGAGGCUAUUGCCCAGAUGAGAGCCGAGAUCUUUGAUGAGAAAGUUCUUGCAGAAUGCCAAUACUCUUCCACGUUCAACAAGAACAUGGUUCGCGGCAUGGGUGCAGCACGCGCCCCUUUUACCUAUGACGCCUGGAAAUCCCCAGAAGUUCUUGCAAGAAUUUCCGAAGUUGCGGGUAUCGAUCUUGUCCCCUCCAUCGAUUUUGAGAUCGCCAAUAUCAACAUUUCGAUUCGUGACGAGAACACAAAUGUGGAGGAAACCAUCCCCAUUGUCAAAGAUGACGACCUGCCUGCUGUCGCAUGGCAUUACGACAGUUUCCCCUUUGUCUGUGUGACGAUGCUUUCCGACUGUAUUGGAAUGGUCGGUGGUGAAACGGCGCUGAGAACUCCUAGUGGGGAUAUAAUGAAGGUUCGCGGACCUGCAAUGGGAACUGCUGUCGUGAUGCAAGGUCGGUACAUCGAGCAUCAGGCCUUGAAGGCACUGGGUGGUCGCGAGCGUAUCAGUAUGGUCACUUGCUUCCGACCGAAGUCGCCCCUGGUCAAAGACGAGACUGUUCUGGUCGGGGUACGCGGCAUCAGCGAAAUCUCCGAGCUGUAUACCCAGUACACUGAAUACCGACUUGAGCUCUUGGAGGAGCGCAUUCGUCACCAGUUGAAGAAGGUGCGAGAGGGGGGUAUCGCAAAAAAGCGGUUCAAUGUCCCUGAAAUUCAAAGCUUUCUCGGCAAGCAAAAAUUGUUCAUUGAAUCAAUGAUGAAAGAGAUCGAGGAGGUGGAUUGA